CCAUUAGCGGGGCAGAGAGCAUUGUGCCAUUUGCCUCGGUGGGCCCUUUAAGAGAAUCCCCGCCCAGUUUUGGCGUCACCCCUGGCUGCCAUUGGCUGUCCGGGCAAGGCCCCCACUUCCGGCAUUGGGCAGUACUGGCAGGUGGUGGUUGUGAAGCAAGGUGUCCCCUGGAAGCGAGGGCGGAGGAGCGGCCGGGGCUGCGGCCUGAGAGGACAGGAGCGGUGUCUGUGGAGCAGUGACAGGACAUGUCUCAGUUCCUGCUCAGUCUGGCAGCGGAGAAGAAGAUGAUGCAGUGACCCCACUGAGGAUGGCCGUCUGUGGGAGGCCGGAUCCCUGAGGAAAGGCGUACGGGUGACAACGUCCGCACAAGCCAUGGAGGACAAAAAGAACAUUCAGAUCAUCGAGUGGGAACACCUUGACAAGAAGAAGUUCUACGUGUUUGGGGUCUGCAUGACGAUGAUGAUCCGAGUCAGCGUUUACCCCUUCACACUCAUACGGACUCGUCUUCAGGUGCAGAAGGGAAAGAGCCUGUACAACGGGACAUUUGAUGCCUUCGUGAAGAUCUUGAGAUCGGAGGGAGCAGCUGGUCUGUAUCGGGGUUUCCUGGUCAACACGUUCACUCUGAUCUCCGGCCAGUGUUACGUCACCACCUAUGAACUGACCCGCAAGUACGUGUCACAGUACAGCAGCAGUAACACCGUCAAGUCGCUGGUGGCCGGGGGUUCCGCUUCAUUGGUGGCCCAGAGCAUCACCGUGCCAAUCGAUGUGGUCUCUCAGCACCUUAUGAUGCAGAGGAAGGGGGAAAGCAUGGGACGGUUCCAUAUACAUGUCUCAGACGAGAAACGCUCCGUGAUGUUUGGCCAGACUAAGGGCAUCAUCUUGGAGAUCUUCAGGGCAGAUGGUCUGAGGGGAUUCUACAGAGGUUAUGUGGCAUCGCUUCUUACCUACAUCCCUAAUAGCGCAGUUUGGUGGCCAUUCUAUCACUUCUACGCAGAACAACUAUCUCGCCUAUCCCCCAAAGACUGUCCUCACCUUCUGCUGCAGGCUAUCUCCGGACCCCUGGCAGCCGCCACAUCUUCUACCAUCACUAACCCAAUGGAUGUGAUAAGGGCUCGUGUGCAGGUGGAAGGCAAAAACUCCAUUAUCAGUACAUUCAGGCAGCUGAUGUUGGAGGAAGGCCCCUGGGGCCUGACGAAAGGCCUCUCUGCCCGCAUUAUCUCGGCCACCCCCUCCACCAUCGUAAUAGUGGUGGGAUAUGAGACUCUGAAGAAGAUGAGCUUACGUCCAGAGCUGGUGGACUCCAGACACUGGUGACUGCUUUUAUACAACCGUGGUACUUGUUUUUUGUAAUUUUUGGGUGACGCACCCAUGGGAGGAGGAGCUGCGCCAGAAGACUGCUUUCAUGCAACCUGAAGACUCAGAUUCCACUGGAUUUUACACAAUUGUGUAUAUAUAUUGUGUCAUGUGCACAGAUGUUGAUGGGAUAUUGUAUUGUACAGUCGCCAUUUUUGUUCCGUCAACAAGAAAAACCACUGCUGCUACGCUGAACUGGGGUGUGUAGGGUGGGCCCAUAAGGGGUUAAACCACCCAGAAUUCCUCACAAUUAACGGCCGAUGCCCCUUUGGGAGUUUUCCUGGUAAUUGUGGCGGAUGCCCACACCUCCCUCCCCCAUUAUCCCGGGGAAAUAUGGGACUUUAUUGGCCUGAUUAUUUUUUUAUUCUUUAUUUAAAAGAAGAAAAAAAGGGUCUUGAACUUUUUAGAAAGAACUCUAUAGAUUUUUAUACAAAGCUCUAUUCAAGUUUUAUUUAAUGUCAUUGCCAAAUGUGGGGGAGUUUACACGUGAAGGAAGUCACUGUGUAACGGUUUCCUUAAUUGGCCCUAAAUGAAUGCUAACGGUUUCUACUAUGCUGGCGGAUCUGGGGUAAUUAGUUAUGUUUUGUUUUUGUUGUUUUCAAUGAUUUGUCCGUCCAGAAAGCAUUCGGUUAUCUACAGGUUAGUAAACUCCAGGUCAGUCCAGAUGCAGGCCUGUUUCUGAGAUGACCUGUUCAUAUCCGUGAGGUGAUUCCUGUGUGAAUCUAACACAACGGGGGCGGAUUUAAUUUAAAAAAAAAAAAGUUGACCGAGUUGCCCAUAGCAACCAACCCUAUAGCUAUCCUUUAUCUAGCACAGGACUGGCCAACCCGUGGCUCUCCAGCUGCUGUGAAACUACAGAUGCCAGCAUGCUCUGCCACGGUUGUGGCAUUUCCUAAUGGCAAACUGGCAAGGCAUGCUGGGACGUGUAGUUUCACAACAACUGGAGAGCCACAGGUUGGCCAAGCCUGAUCUAGUACAUUCCAGAAAAUGGUAGCUGGAAUCUGAUUGGUCGGUUGCUGUGGGCACCACCUUAAUGUUACAAUAAGGAGGUGUUCUCUGUAGUAACCGAUUGGAUCCUAGCUGUCCUUUAUCCAGUACACACUGCGUAAUGAUAGUUAGAAUCUGGUUGCUAUGGGUUACCUCCAUGGAACGUACAAUUCUAAUAAUGAUUGUGUAUUAGUGUGUCCACUCUACUGUGGGCUGUAUGGAGACAGAGACUCCAGAGAUCGGUGUAUUGUGACAGUGCCCCCAUCACCCCAAAACAAACAUGUAGCGAGAUGGAACCAUUACUGCUGAAUUUUAAAGGAUUAACCCGUUGUUCUCCAUCCCGUUUAUAAACACAGAUGAUAUUAACAUUUUAACAUACGUUGUGUUUCCUGCAAUAAACCCUCUUCCCCGUG